ACAAAACGCAAACUUAAUCACGGUGUAUCUCACCAAAAACAAAGCAAAACGACACAAACCGAAGCAUCUCAACUCAAUUUGCUUCGCUAUACACACAGCAAUCUUCAAUGCUUUGAUUAUUUGAUCAUUUCACUUUCCUAGAAAAUAAACAUAGAGAAAAUGUGUUCUUCGUCUACUUCACCUCCAUAUUCUCUCUUCCUUCGAACCAGUUGUACUCGCUCUCUCACAGGACACCGUAAUCUCUCCAUUUUAACUUCUCCACACUCCAUUCUUAGAUCCAAAAGCCCUAGACUUCUUCGCCUUUCGGCUUCACUAACCGACAACCACCGCGAUUUCUCUUGGUUCUCACCUGGACAGUCCCACGACAGCUGUAAUGGUUGGGCUAUUGUUGAAUCGCCUAGACCGAGUUAUAAGAAGAAAGGUUUCUCUACAAUUCUAAUUGUUGGUGGGACUUGUGUUGCUGCUAUUGUUACUUCCAUUGCCUACUUCUCCCUUUAUAGAAAAGAUUUUAAGUUGCAAUUUCAUAAUCCUUUGCGGGCUUUGCAUGGGAUGAUAAGUCCAAUUGAUGGCAAAGUAGAUAAAAUUGAAGCUAAGGAUUCGAUUACAGGAAUUUCUGAAGAAAAUGCAAUCACUUCUGAAGAAACUGUAACUUCAGUAUCUACACAAAAGCUUAAGCAAGUAAAAGUGUCAGUUCCUGUGGAUCCUUCUCAACUGGAAGCUCUAUCCAUUUUGAAGAAACUUAAGAUAAUUGAAGAUGAUGUAAGGGCUGAUGAAUUGUGCGCUAGAAGGGAAUAUGCAAGGUGGUUAGUCUGCCUGAAUUCAGUAUUGGAAAGGAAUCCGAAGCAUAGAAUUGUUCCAUCUACAUUACUUUCUGGUUCUGUAGUUGCUGCAUUUGAUGAUGUGGGUGUUGAAGAUCCUGAUUUUUAUUCCAUUCAAGCUCUUGCAGAAGCUGGUGUCAUACCCAGCAAGAUAUUAGGGACCAAUUGCUGUUCGGACACCUCAAAAGUAGAUGGAAGCUUCUUCUUUCACCCUGAGAGGUUUAUUUCUCGGCAGGAUUUGAUCAACUGGAAAGCUCAGUUAGAGUAUCAAUUCAUGCCUGGAAUAACAGAACAGAUGUCAAAAACAAAAGUAGAUUAUAUGGAUGUGAAGGAGGUCAGUUCGGAUGCAUCACCGGAGCUCCUUAGUGACAUGUUGGCUGGGAAGAAGAGCAUAAUCAGAAAAGUUUUUGGACAAAGUAGGCGGUUUCAACCGAAUAAACCUGUGACAAAGGCACAAGCUGCAGUUGCUCUGACAAGUGGCCGGAUGGCGGAAGCAGUUUAUAAUGAAAUAUUAAGACUAGAAGCUGAGAAUUCUUCAAGGCAAGUUGCGAUGGAGGAAAUAAGGUCUGAGUUACUUGAAAAAGGAGAUAUAGAGAGGUUUUGGAAUGAGAAGAUGAAUGAAGAAAGGACCCGUGCGUUUGAGGUCCAGAAACUUUAUGUUGCUGCUUUACAUGAUUUGGAGCAUGAGAAAACUGUUCAGGUGAAAGAUUUAGCAGAGCAUUUCAAGGAGAAGGCAGCAAUGGAAUGUCAGAGGCAUCUGCUUCUUAGUCUGAAGGAAGAGGUUGAUGAGAUGUCAGAAAGGCUUGCUUCUGAGAGGGCUGUGUAUGUUGCUGAGCAAAGUAAUCUACAGGAAUUGCUUGGUGAACUACAGAACAAGCAGGAUGCGAUUCUUGAUUCAAAAUCUGUACUAGAAGCUGAAAUAGAAGCUAUUCGAAUUCUAAGAUCUUGGGUAGAGGAUGAAGCUAGGAAAUGCCAAGCCCGUGCUAAAGUUCUCGAGGAGGUUGGACGAAGGUGGAAAUGGGACAAUCAAGCCUGAAAAUAAUAGUGUAUCCUAGUGGAGAUCAUCCAAUAAUUACCCGAUAUAUUUCUCUUUCAGCGGAGGGCUAUGUAAAAAACCAUGGUUAAAAUGUAAUGUGAAUCAGGCGUUUUUGGUCUUUUAUAAUUUUUUGUAAUGUAUCGAUUGUGAUGUCAUUCCUUCUGGAUUAAUUAAGCAAUUAGAGAAUCAAUGAGAUUCCGGCUGGAUGAUGAGGAUCUUCAUCUUGGCUGCUGUGAUUCUGUUCAGUUGCAACCAGCCUGGAAAUGCUUAAUGAAGGGUUACAACAGUUACCUGAAGUGAUAAAUAAGUCAAUUUUCCUGAUCCUAUAUGGUCUCUUUGUUGCAGACCAGGUUCUCUUACAUUUUGUGGAUAAUUGUGUAAUGAAUUUUCUAUCAACUGAGAUGGACGAAUGCACAGAGUUUGUCGAGUUUGAUCUAGUUUUUAUGA